CCGUUCCUGCUCCCCCCCUGACAGCAGCCGCGGCGGCAUGAGGAUUAAGGCCGUCGGCCAGCGGGUAACGGGAGGAGCGGCCGGUCCAAUGGGCCGCGGGGCUCCCUGGGGCCAGCGGGGCUGAGCGGAGGUGAGCUGAGGUUUCCGUACUUGGGAAAUCUGAAGCAGUUCUCCUGGAACCAAACAGUACGGAGCUCACAGGUUGCCAUGUUCAUGCUGCUUGUGUUUGGAUUGCUACUGCAAGGAAUUCUGGCUGAAAACCUUACUGAGUUCAAAAACACUCCAGAAGAGCCAUUAUAUAGCUACAGUGCUAUCAACCUGCCAGAUGAGCACAUUCCCUACUUUCUGCACAAUAACCAGCAUAUUGCUGGCAUCUGUCAGCAGGACUCUCAUUGCCCAUAUAAAAAAAACUUGAAGAAGCUAAAAUCCUGCUGGGGUUAUGAGAAAUCUUGUAAGUCAGAUCACAGGUUCAGUUACCCAGUGUGUGAUUAUGUUGAAACUGGAUGGGCAAGUGACAUUGAGACAGCCCAACAGAUAUUCUGGAAACAAGCUGACUUUGGUUACAUUCGAGAGAGGCUCAAUGAAAUGAAAACCCAUUGUAAGCCUGCAGCAACAGGAGAUUCAUCUCUGACCUGUUCUCAGUACCUUCAGCAUUGCAGAGCCACAAACUUGUACAUUGACUUACGAACUGUAAAGAGGAACCACGACAGAUUCAAAGAAGACUUUUUACAGAAGGGAGAAAUUGGAGGUCACUGCACCCUUGACGUUAAGGCAUUUUUGGCUGAAGGUCAACGCAAGAGCCCUCUGCAGUCUUGGUUUGCAGAACUCCAGACAUUUACUGCAUUAAACUUCAGGCCUCUAGAAGAUGGGAAGUGUGACGUUGUUAUUGAAAAGCCAACAUACUUCAUGAAAUUAGAUGCAGGUGUUAAUAUGUAUCAUCACUUCUGUGAUUUCGUCAAUCUUUAUAUCACACAGCAUAUCAAUAAUUCCUUCAGUACUGAUGUCAACAUAGUCAUGUGGGACACCAGCUCAUAUGGCUAUGGUGACCUGUUCAGUGAGACUUGGAAGGCAUUUACCAACUAUGAAAUAAUACACUUGAAAACCUUUGACUCUAAAAGGGUAUGCUUUAAAGAAGCAGUCUUCUCAUUACUGCCUCGAAUGCGAUAUGGCUUGUUUUAUAACACACCACUGAUCUCUGGCUGUCAUGGUACGGGGCUGUUUAGAGCAUUUUCUCAGCAUGUGUUACACAGAUUAAAUAUCACACAAGAAGGACCCAAGGAUGGGAAAAUCCGAGUCACAAUACUUGCACGCAGCACAGAUUACCGGAAAAUCUUAAACCAGGAUGAGCUUGUGAAUGCUUUGAAAACAGUAUCAACGCUGGAGGUCAAAGUGGUAGACUACAAAUACAAGGAACUUGAAUUUUCAGAGCAGUUGAGGAUUACCCACAACUCUGAUAUAUUCAUUGGGAUGCAUGGAGCUGGACUUACCCAUUUGCUGUUUCUACCAGACUGGGCUGUUGUUUUUGAACUAUACAACUGUGAAGAUGAACGUUGUUACCUGGAUUUGGCAAGGCUGAGAGGCAUUCACUACAUCACUUGGCGAAAAAGGAAUAAAGUAUUUCCUCAAGAUCAGGGACACCACCCAACACUGGGAGAGCAUCCAAAAUUUACGAACUACUCCUUUGAUGUGGAAGAAUUUAUGUACUUGGUGCUUCUGGCUGCAAAUCAUGUUUCACAGCAUUCCAAGUGGCCGUUUAGGGUAAAACAUGAUGAACUCUGAAUUAGGUUUCUGACUGAAAUGCUAUUUUUAAAUAAUGCUCCAUAAAGCUAUUGUAACAACAUAAAGCAAAAUGCUGGUGUGAAACGUGUAAACCUCUGCGAGGGAAAUAGCCUGUUAUUAGUCCAACCACUUCUUAGCACCAUAGCUUAUCUUUAUAAUCCCUCUCUUUACUUCGGGGAGGUUUUUCUAUGUAAACUAUUUUUCAGAACUCUUUUUUGGGGUUUUUUUGCUCUGUAUUUUUUCAUUCCAAAUUCUAAAAUACUUGUCUUUGUAUAAAGAUUUGUCCAUCCAUUUCAUAUAAGGUUUUCUGGGGUAGAUACUGAUGUUGUAAUGAUUUAUGCCUACCAUUAUGUGACAAAAUGCUAGAGGAUGGAUAGUUACAUAGAGAUGGAGGGACUAAACUGAAAGACCAAGCUAUAACUUUGUUGCAGUUUUUAUUCUGGUGUCUCAGUGUAGUCUCUGUGGGCAUGAAAUAGUCCUGUCAGGCUCCUCAGUUCAUCUUUUUUAAGAAGCUAGAUGUUUUUAUACUGUAGGUCUGUACCUGUAAGUAAAAAUCAGAAUAGGAAUUACACUUCCCAGUGUGUCAUUUGCAACUGAGUUACAUGACGUAGUUGUUCCAGGCUGGUUUGUUAGUUCCUUUCUAUCACCAUCCAUGUCCUUGCUGUGCUUGCCCCUGUGUUGUUUCUAGGUUUGAAGAUCUUCCUUUGUAAAAUAGUGGUUGUAAGAAUGAAGUGGUUAAGUAAGCUUUAACUUUUGUUGUUUGAUUCAACAGACACUGAAGAAUUUUAUUUCAAGUUUUGAAACAGUUUCAGCUUAGAAAGCAGUCCUAUGUUUGUGCAUUUAAGUAUAAACUUUGACUCUUCUCCCUGUAGUUUUAAAUGCUAAAAUAUAAGAGGCCUCCUCAGUAGGUUUAGUCAGUCUCCUGUCUCAAAGCAGGUACGUCUUUUCCAAAGUGAAUACUUAAAACUUCAGGUGUUUCCUACUUCAUCGCAUAAAACAGCACUCUGCAAUGGAAAACCUGAGCAAAUUGGAGUAAAACGUGAGUCUUUUUGAAGAUCCUAAAGGGAAUCAACUUCUGUUUUUUCAUGACAAAUGAUAAGAUGUAGAGGGUGUCUUUCAGCUGCAGAUGGAAGGAAAUGAAGUCAUGAGGAACCUUGUUCCUAGAGUCAGUAAAAGCCUGAUCUGUCAAUAUUCUUGUUUUCUCAGAAUGGUGAAGAGUCAAUCUAGAAAACUUUUGAAAACACUUCCAAAGCCAGUAGCAUAGUUUACAUGGUUCAUAGUUUAGAGUGAAGGAAAUACUAAGCCAAAGCCAAGUUCUUUGUGAAAUUCCCCCAGAGUUAACAUGCUUCUGCUGGAGGGGGCAGAAAAAAAGGGACUAGUGCAGUUGUUUUAAGUGGGGCCAGAAGGAUGUGUGGAAUCACGUUCAGUGAGACUAAACAGAGUUCUGUGUUACGGAUUUUUUUUGGGAAUGUAUUCCUGUGAUAGGCUUGCAAUAUAAUGAUACAGUCUCAGUGGCUUGAAGCAGAGCAUACCUUUGUAUGCAAAAGCAAGAUAGUUACUGUAAAUGUAAACAUUUCACUGGUGUAAUUGUAGAUAUAAUUGACUUCCAUUCUCCAGCAGUCCUAGGCAGUUUCACAGAGUGUAUGUACAUUUGCUGACCUGCCUAUACUGGUAAAGCUCGAGUUACUAUAAGUGUAAUUCAUACAGAUUUCUCACAACCCUAAGCAGUGCAUAGGAGAAGUUAGGUAUAGCUGAUACACAAGAUAUUCUAAGGUAUCUGGUGCAAUUCUUAGUGUAGUGCAUUGUUUUACUGAUGAAUAAAACUGUUUAAAGAACCAUAGAAGCAAAAUUGCACUUCUUGACAUGGGAAAAAAAGAAAGCCCUUGAAAUACAGUUUCCUGUAUUUGUGUGUGUGUGUUUGGGGUUGCUUUUUUUACCUUGUGGGAUUUUGAAAGAAAAAAUGUAUAAAACUGAAAUUAGUGAAAUGUCUGAGUUUGAAUGAAACCAAUUCAAAAUAAAGACAUUUGACUAUGAACUGUGCACAGAUAUUUGAUAACUUUUUAAAAUAAAAAGCCUUUAUUUAAGAAACAAGUGUAAAACUUUGUCAGGUUUUAGAGGCAAACAUUUGAAACACUGUUAUUGCAUAGAGUUAUGUGUAUGCUUUUCCCUGCUGUGACAGGCUGGUGUUCUGAGGUCCAAACUGAUACUCAGGUUUAUUUACCUGGGAGUCUCUCAGAGAUAACUCUUUCAUCUUGCACUGCUUUGCCAGCUUUGUUUUCAGGCAUUUUAAGACUGGGUUGUGAAAACCUUUGUGUACAUUCAACUUCCUGUGCUGCAGAUGAUGCUGCUGAAGCCAGUGUGUGGAUGCAGGCAUGUGCUUGGAUCUGUACAGAAGCAGCUAAUGAAGAGAUUCUCUUUCAAGUGGUGUUAGGACUCACUAGAGCAACUGGUCAAACAUAUGCCUGAAGGUGCUAAGGAGAGGCUGUGGGGGCUUAAUCCAAGGGUGAAAUAUUCUGCCAACAUUCAACACUUUCAGCAAAUUUGAGUGCAGCGUCAACAGUUGAUGGCCAACAUACUCCAGCCUUUAUGGCUUAACAUUAUUGGGAUGAAAAUACUAUUUUGGUUGAUUAGCUUUACAAAUAGUCACAAAAUUAUCUUGGCAGCAGCAGGAGGUUUGGUUGGAUUAGUGGGAUUUUGCCAAUAAAUCCUGAGGGACGGUUUGGGUAACAGCAAAGAUCUGGCUUGUGACUUUCGUAAAGAGGGUCUGAGCCUGGAAAUUGGAAUUUGAAGGAUCCAGGAGACUUUUGGGCCACUUGUUCUUUAGGCAGGGUAUAGCUCUGGAUUGCGUUUUCCUAACAGACCAUAGGCAUCUUCUUCCUUGCUACUUUUGUUUUGUGUUGUUUUUUCUUUGUCUCUCCAGUUCACUUAAGUUUAGAGUCCAUGUUUAACUGGCACAUUGUCAUCAUCGUGAGGAAUUUAGUGGGGCUUAAUGAACGUUGCCAAUCCCGAAUGCUUACAGGAUUGCCUGUGUUUCAUGUACAGUGUAACCUGAGAGCUGAAUUUGAAAUAAACCUAAAUUUAUGGAA